CUGGGCGACCACCCCACCUGGGGCAGACUAAAGAGGGUUUGGGGGCCUCCGGGGGCCGCGGAGGCUCUGGACUUUGGCCCGGAAGUCCAGGGGGGAGAGUGCCUCUGCUCACCGGCACCCUCCUGCCCAGCGCAUGGCUGCUGGCCACAGCUCUGUCAGCGCAGGGCUAGUGAGUGUUGUGACUGGAGUCUGUUGGAGAAUCAUGGGAUGGAAGAGCCGGAACUUGGAAGCAUUCCAGGGAGCGCCGUGGAGGAGAAAGAGAGUCGCUGCUGGAGGGGCAUUGCCACUGACCCUCUCCACCCCUCUGUGAAGACUGCGUCCAAGACACAGCCCACACCUUGACACCCUGGGACGACCUUUCCCCUUUUCCGUGGAGAACUGGCCUCUUCUGCAUGCACGGAAGCACAGGAGCACUGAGGCAGGGAGAGCUUCUGCCCGUGAACCUGCCCAGGGCAAUCUAUGCUGCGGUGCCAAAGCAGCGCCCAGGAGCCCCGGCAAGGGCCCGGUUCUUUCUGCCCGUGGUGACUUAGAGAAGGAGCCCCUUCUCCACCCCGCUGUUCUUCUCCCAAGUGCCAGAGCUGGAAGAGGAGAGCACCGGACCUCAAGACCCCGCCAGCCCUGCAGGGAGAGCCAAGGCACAGAUGCACCCACGUGAGGACUGAGUGGGAGCUGGCAGCCGGGAGAGGAAGGAGAAGAACAAGCCGCCACCCCUUGUGGAUUUGCAAGGAGGAGGAAGAAUCCUCUUAACUGGCUGCCUGGCCGGGCAGGAGCCGACAGGAGAGGCGGCAGCGCCUCCCACAGGCCAUGCCGUGCGCGCGCUGGCGAUUGCUCUGACCACACGAAGAGCCGUGUAGCAAGCUCUGCCCUCUCCAGGGCUGAAGGCGAGCUGGGCUGCUGGAACGCACCCCCUGGUGACUUGUGCCUGCCCUGCAACGGAGCUCCUCCUCGCCAAGCCCAGGCCUUGCUGUGGUCCCCGUCUCCUGCCUUGGCUCCCUCCGCCUGCCGCUGAGCAAAGAGCCGCCUCUCCCGGCCAGGAUGAACGAGCUUUUAGACCCCGCCUCCCAGGCCAACCUGGGCGUGGUCUCGGCCACCUGCGUCUCCAAGGUGGAGCUGCGGGUCAGCUGCAAACACCUGCUGGACCGCGACACCCUCAACAAGUCGGACCCCUGCGUGGUGCUCCUCAUGCAGUCCCAGGGGCAAUGGAUGGAGGUGGAAAGAUCUGAGGUCAUCAAGAGCAACCUGAACCCCGUCUUUGCCAAGGUCUUCAUGGUGGACUAUUACUUCGAGGAGGUGCAGAAGCUGCGCUUUGAGGUGUACGACAGCCAUGGGCAGAGCAGCAUCGGCACCCAUGACGAUGACUUCCUGGGGGGCAUGGAAUGUACUGUGGGCCAGAUCGUGGCCCAGAAGAGGGUGAGCAAGCCGCUGUUUCUGAAGUAUGGGAAAUACGCCGGCAAGUCCACCAUCACGGUCACCUCUGAGGAGAUUUCUGGGGACAACGGCUUCGUGGAACUCUUCUUCCGGGCCAAGAAGCUAGAUGACAAGGACCUCUUCAGCAAGUCAGACCCCUUCCUGGAGAUCUACCGGAUCAACGACGAUGGGAGCGAGCAGCUGGUGCACCGCACAGAGUUUGUCAAGAACAACCUGAGUCCUAUUUGGGAGCCAUUCAAAGUGUCCCUGAACUCGCUGUGCAGCUGUGAGGACAAGCGGAAGCUGAGGUGUGUCGUCUUUGACUAUGACUCCAGAGGGAAACACGACUUCAUUGGAGAGUUCUACACCACCUUUGAGGAGAUGCAGAAAGCUAUGGGGGGCAACAAGAUCCAGUGGGACUGUAUGAAUCCAAAGUACAAGCUCAAGAAAAGGAACUACAAGAACUCGGGGGUGGUCAUCCUCCUCGACCUGAAGAUCCAUAGGGUCUACUCGUUCCUGGAUUACAUCAUGGGCGGCUGCCAGAUCCACUUCACGGUGGCCAUUGACUUCACAGCCUCCAACGGAGACCCCCGAAACAGCUGCUCCCUGCAUUACAUCAACCCGUACCAGCCCAACGAAUACCUGAAGGCCCUGGUUGCCGUGGGGGAGAUUUGCCAGGACUAUGACAGCGACAAGAAAUUCUCUGCCUUAGGCUUUGGGGCCAGGAUCCCACCCAACUAUGAGGUCUCCCACGAUUUUGCCAUUAAUUUCAAUCCAGACGACGAUGAGUGUGAAGGGAUCCAGGGAGUGGUGGAAUCCUAUCAGAACUGCCUGCCCAAAAUACAGCUCUAUGGGCCAACCAACGUGGCACCGAUUAUCUCCAAGGUAGCCAAGGUAGCAGCCGAUGAAGAACAAACCAAGGAGGCAUCGCAAUACUUCAUCUUGCUGAUCCUGACCGACGGGGUAGUGACUGACAUGGCAGACACGCGGGAGGCCAUCGUCCGGGCCUCCUACCUGCCCAUGUCCAUCAUCAUCGUGGGCGUGGGUAACGCUGACUUCACCGACAUGCAGAUCCUGGAUGGGGAUGACGGCAUCCUGCGCUCCCCCAAGGGCGAGCCUGUCCUCCGGGACAUCGUCCAGUUUGUGCCCUUCCGGGAGUUCAAGAAUGCCUCUCCGACUGCCCUGGCCAAGUGCGUGCUGGCAGAAGUGCCCAAGCAAGUGGUGGAGUAUUACAGCUACAAGGCCUUGGCCCCCCGUUGCCCCAAGGGCAGCAGCACCCCCGACGCCACCCUGAACUCACCCCAGUGACGAGGGCCCAGCUCCUGCUGCACUGUCUGUCUUCCCUUCACCCACCAGUCUGUCCAUUCCCCAGUGAAAUCAGGAAGGAGAGAGAGAGGGAGGAAGCAAGCAAGCAAGCAAGCAAGCAAGCACACACGUCGCCAGGAAUGCCAGGCGGGCAGAUGGUUCCUGCGGCUGCAGUCUGUGGCAGGCGGGCACCAGCGCGAAGGCUCCUCGCAGGGCAGGAAGGGCGGGCCUGCAACGCAGCCAGGGCCCCUUCCUCGUGGCCCUUUCCAGUGCCACGGCAGGAGACCCGCACUGGCCCACCGGAAGAGCCCAUCCCUCCUAGGAUGAGACCUCUUCCAGGAAGGAAAUGCAGCAGGGGAGGGAACCUCCCCUCCUUCUCUGCUGCUUCUCCCUGCUGUCUUGUAAUGUAAAGGACUUUACGAUGUCAUUAUUCUCGGGGGAGAGGCAACUGAGUUUCAUUAUCAAAAGGCAGGGCUGUGUGCCUGGGCCCCGAUGGAUCUUUUAAGCACGUGCGCCCAAACAAAAUUAGAGUCUCCCUGUCUCUCUUGGGGUUUUUUUAGGAAACAGCUGAAGACAUACCUUUUUAAUCAGGCCUUUUAGUUAAUCAGUUUUAAAGUGGCUUUUAUCGAUGGUUUAAACUGCUUCAAUUGGAAGUUAAGGUUGUGCUUCAGAAUGGCAAACCUACCGGAGGUUGGUCUCCGGGACGAUAUAGAAAGGCAGUGAAUAAAACCAACACAUAAAGAGCAACUGCCCGGGCUCCCCUCCAGCAGAGAUGCCCAGGGGGCCCCUGGCAGGCAGGACCGGUCCCUCGACUAGUACCUGGCAGCGUCUCCAGAUCUACCCAAGAGGAUGGCCCCGAGGAGGCAGCUCCGACACGUCCCGCAGCCGUGGAGCGUCCCCAUUCAAGCCCUGGGGCAAAUAUCCAGCCCGCCUUGAUUCUCCUGGGAGGGGGCAGCAGCUGGAACCCCCUGCUGCCCUCCCCUCAGGGUGGAGAGCAGCCCUGAGUGGGGGCGCACAUGGCCUGGCCCUCCCUCUGCAUGGCGUGCCGUGGGGGGGGGGGCGGCUGGCUGCGUAGGAGGACCCUGGCCUGGUCCCUGUUGCACUCCUGCCCCUUCCGCCAGCCCGUCCUGUGCAUGUAGCUCGCUGGGCUCUCACGGCACGGCACUGUGCCAGGCACUCUUCCUCCAUAUGGUACGUGGUUGUCUUUCACGAUGAUGAUGAUGAUGAUGAUGAUGAUGAUGAUGAUGAUGAUGAUGAUGUCGUCCCUCGUUUGCCUAAGAUUUGCAUGACAAAUCUACUGUUCUUGACAAAUCUACUGUUCUUGAUGUACUCAGAGAGGCAGCCAAAUAAAGAGAUGUUGUGUUUC